AUGUGUGGCCAGUGGGGGCUAUGUGUGGCCAGUGGGGGCUAUGUGUGGCCAGUGGGGGCUAUGUGUGGCCAGUGGGGGCUGUGGGGGGACUGGCAAGGUGAUCUCAUCUCCUUGUGCAGUGGGGUGCUCUCAUCUCAUCUUCAGCGCUUCGCGCCUUUUCAACGUGUCCUGCUCUGCUCCCCCCUGUGUGUGCGGCGUGCAGCACUGGAUGCCAACGGGAGGGCAUUUGACAACGGAUGCAGGCAGAGCGCGUUCCUGGUGGCGUUGGUUGCGCUGCAGCGCCGCCACGGCAGCACCGACGCCCGCACAGAUGCCCACAAGGGGGGCAGCGGCAGCGGCAGUAACAGCAGUGGGAGCAGCGCGGAUGUGGCGGUGCAGGGCAGCGCGCGCGUGACAGAGGUGCCAGUGGCUGUGAGCGCGCAGGCGAGAGCAGCUGCUGGGCGGGCGGCCGUGCUGCUGGAAGAGUGGGAGCAGGGGGGGGAGAGGGGACAGGGAGGACAGGGGGAGGACGGGGUGAAAGGGGAAAGGGGGGAAGGAGGGGAGGAGGAGGGGGCGGGCGUGGAUGUGCGCAUGGCAGCACGGGUGACAUACCACCCUGGCAACUCGACCCACCAGGUGUGCUACCAGCUGCCGCUGCCAGGCCGCUACGUCCUCUCGCUGUACCUCCUCUUCUCCGCCACCUCCCCCCUCCUGCGCUCCAAUGCGCGCACCUCCUUCCUUGGGGGGUUCUCCAAGUUCAUGCGGGGAUGUGCAGGUUCAUGCGGGGAUGUGCAGGUUCAUGCGGGGAUGUGCAGGUUCAUGCGGGGAUGUGCAGGUUCAUGCGGGGAUGUGCAGGUUCAUGCGGGGAUGUGCAGGUUCAUGCGGGGAUGUGCAGGUUCAUGCGGGGAUGUGCAGGUUCAUGCGGGGAUGUGCAGGUUCAUGCGGGGAUGUGCAGGUUCAUGCGGGGAUGUGCAGGUUCAUGCGGGGAUGUGCAGGUUCAUGCGGGGAUGUGCAGGUUCAUGCGGGGAUGUGCAGGUUCAUGCGGGGAUGUGCAGGUUCCUUGGAGGUUCACGCAGCUACACGGUGGUGCAGUCGCAAGCCAUUCAAGCAUCAGCGCCGCCCACCUUCUCCCUUCACGCACACAGGUGCCUUGCCGUCACAUGCCAUGCCAUUUCAUGGGGCGUGCAGGGGACUGCUGCAGUGUGUCGCAUGUGUCCUCACCGCACUUCAACGCUCUCCUCUAUCUCUUGUCUCUCAACGCUCUCCUCUAUCUCUUGUCUCUCAACGCUCUCCUCUAUCUCUUGUCUCUCAACGCUCUCCACUAAUCCCUUGUCUCUCAACGCUCUCCUCUAUCUCUUGUCUCUCAACGCUCUCCUCUAUCUCUUGUCUCUCAACGCUCUCCUCUAUCUCUUGUCUCUCAACGCUCUCCACUAA